AAAACUAGAGUUUCGCACCUGAAGAACACACCGCCAUCGCCACUAUCAGUUCAAGGCCAACCAUUCUAAGGGAUUCAUACGGCAAGCAUACUGCGCAUCUAUCGGCAAAUAUCUUCAAGGGAAGUGAGAACAAACUCUGAACUCGGUCCCAAUAGAUACACGACUGCUUCUAGAGGCUUACUAUUUCAUUUGCCUGCAUCAGGCUACUCUUUCCUGUUGACUCUGGGUUCGGGUUGAUUACGACUUCCACGCUGCGGAUUUGUUGCAAUAAUGUCCACCCCAGCAAAGCGUCGUCUCAUGCGGGACUUCAAACGCCUGCAGACUGAUCCUCCGGAGGGAGUAUCAGGUGCCCCCUGUCCGGACAAUGUACUAUUGUGGAAUGCAGUCAUAUUUGGUCCUGAGGAUACACCAUUUGAAGACGGAACUUUCAAAUUGGCAUUGACAUUUGAUGAGAGCUACCCAACCAAACCACCGCAUGUCAAAUUUAUUAGCAAAAUGUUCCACCCGAAUGUUUAUGCUAAUGGGGAUCUUUGUUUGGAUAUCCUCCAAAAUCGAUGGUCCCCUACCUACGAUGUUGCAGCUAUUUUGACAUCCAUUCAAUCCCUUUUGCAUGACCCGAAUCCCAAUAGUCCCGCCAACGCUGAAGCUGCACGGCUUUUCCAGGAAGACAGGAAGGACUACAAUAAGCGGGUGCGAGAGACGGUGGAGGAAUCAUGGUUGAAUUGAGCGCAAAAAAAUGGGUGCACUGGGAAUGGGAGCUUGAUCGCUUCGCAUUGGCAGUCGGCUCAUGUAUAUAUUACAUGUUAUUGUAGCUUGUGUUAAUGAUAUUCAUUGUUGGAGAAUAAUAAACUCGCAUCCAUCCUGUAUCAGCA